AUGGGUUCCAAUACGAUAUUCCGCACUUUCAACUACAAGGGCACUCAUGAGACGCCCGCCGUGGUCCGCGAUAUCGAGAACUUCAUCGGCAACGAAAUCGUGCCCUCCAAAACAGCCAAAUGGAUCGAGGUCCACGACCCAGCCACAAACACCGUUGUUUGUCGAGUCCCUGAAUCAACCCCAGAAGAGCUGAAAGCUGCCGUGCUCUCAGCCCAGCAGGCAUUCCCAGAAUGGAGCAGCACAAGCAUCAUGAAACGGCAGCAGAUCAUGUUCAAGCUGACCAACCUAGUCCGCGAGAACAUGGACACCCUGGCGAUCUCAAUCGUAACCGAACAGGGGAAAACAAUGGCCGAUGCACGCGGCGAUGUCCUUCGCGGCUUGCAGGUCUGCGAGACCGCCUGCGGUAUCACCACCCAGCUCCCUGGGGAAGUCCUAGAAGUAGCAAAGGACAUGGAGACCCGAUCCUACCGCCUCCCACUCGGCGUCACGGCAGCCAUCUGCCCAUUCAAUUUCCCCGCGAUGAUCCCGCUCUGGAGUCUUCCCAUCGCUGUAGUCACAGGGAACUGCAUGAUCCUGAAACCGACAGAGCGCGCGCCAGGGGCCGCAAUGCUCCUCGCGGAAUUAUGUAAAGAGGCCGGAUUUCCUCCUGGCGUGGUGAAUGUUGUUCACGGCUCAAAGCCUGCAGUUGAGUUUAUCCUCGAUGCCCCUGAGAUCCGUGCAAUCUCGUUUGUGGGCUCGAAUCGGGCCGGAGAGUAUAUCUAUAACCGCGGCACGGCGAAUGGGAAACGCGUGCAGGCGAAUCUGGGCGCUAAAAACCAUGCUGCUAUCUUACCGGAUAGUAAUAAAGAGCAUGCGCUGAAUGCGAUUGCUGGCGCUGCGUUUGGUGCGGCAGGGCAGAGAUGUAUGGCUCUUAGUGUGCUCAUGACUGUUGGCUCUGCCCGCGACUGGAUCCCGGAUCUUGUCGAGAAAGCAAAGCAGUAUAAAGCGGGUAGUGGAUUUGAUGACCAUUCGGAUCUCGGACCCCUGAUUACUCCCCAGAGUCGGGACCGCUGCAUUGACCUGAUCACCAGUGCUGAACAAGAGGGUGCUACAGUCUUGGUGGAUGGGCGCGACUUCAAGGCGCAGGGGUUCCCGAGGGGGAACUGGGUCGGUCCCACGGUCAUCACAGGCGUGCGACCAGAUAUGAAGUGCUACAAAGAGGAAAUCUUCGGACCUGUACUACUUUGCAUGGAAAAAGACACUCUAAACACUGCAAUUGAUAUCAUAAAUGCCAACGAUUGGGGCAAUGGAGCUGUGAUCUUCACUCAGUCCGGCUCUUCUGCUUCGCACUUUACGAAGAAGAUCGAGGCCGGUCAGGUUGGUAUCAACGUGCCUAUUCCAGUUCCACUUCCCAUGUUCUCGUUCACCGGGAAUAAACGCAGUGUGGGUGGGACUGGACUGCUUAACUUCUACGGUAAAGAUGGUCUGCGGUUUUAUACGCAGUGGAAGACGGUUACAUCGCUGUGGAGGUCGGAAGAUGCUACGGGGUUGCAAAAGCCGACUUACAUGGUGUAG